AUGCUACGGCCAGCGGCUGCCGCCGUUUAUCCGUCAUCCUACCACGCCCCACCGCCGCGAUUCCCAGCAUUUCCGUCCGGACGACGCUCGGCCGCCAUAGCCGUCCGGUGCGUGAACCGCGACGCGCCCGAUACCUCGAAGGCGAAGCUGAAGGUCGGCUCGCCGAUCGUCAUCACCGAGGAACCGCCCAUGCUCAAGACCGCCGCGUCGGUGCCGUCGCUCCGGCAGAACGCCGGCCGCGUCAAGCCCGGCGACGUCGGGAGGAUAAUGGCGCGGAAGCCGAAGGACGUCUGGGCCGUGCGGCUCGCCGUCGGCACGUACCUGCUGGACGGGAAGCACUUCAAGCCCCUGGAGGUCGUCGAGGACGAAGGCGGCGACGAUCAACCCCAGGAUGAAUGA